GUUAUUAGAGUGUUAAUGCUAAAAGUAGUGGUGUUACCAUAACACAUUACACGCUGUUUCCAACACAGAGGAUCAGUCACUUUGAUAGGUUUGCUGUGUCAGCAUUGCGAAAACACAUUGAAUAAAACAUCAUCAGGCAGUCAGGAAAACACACGGAUAUCGGUGGAGAGGGAGGCUUAAAUGAAAGAAGUGGAGCUUGAUUCACACUGUGACCAGGGCCAAUAGGAAAAACCCUCCCAGCCUUGAGGAGGGGAAGGGGGUGGUGGGGAUUCAAAGUAAGGCAGCAGGCUUUACAGUGACUCAAACUCUCUCAAAGACAGACUGCAGACAGUCUCCACGGCUCUAAGAUACAGGCUUACUGUGACUGAACUCUGGAGCUUCGCUCCAAAACUUGAAAAGAAGAGAAAGACUGAGACUGGAAAAUUAGACUCAGAGAGGAAAGUUAGAAGGGAGACAAGUCGACCGGGAGGAUGGAAAACUGAGUGCAUCCAACAUUCUGAGAAUUUAGCUGGAGGGGGGGAAAUAAAAGGAGCGAAGACAAGCCUGAGGAUACUACAGAUUAUGUUGCCAUGGAAACCAGAACCUGGAAGCGGACGCAAGGACCACUGAAGGCGGAUGAUCUGCCUUGACUGCAUCCUCGACAACAUUAAUGUCCAUCUGCACACUGUGGUGACAGAAUGCUGUGGAGAAUCACUAUCCCUGUCAUACUUGCUGGGGUGCUCUGCAUCUCUGCAGAGAGCAAAAAGCAGCGGCCCCAGGGAUCCAUCCCAUCUCCGUACAAGACCAAAGGGAACCUGUCCGUGGAGCGCCACCACCGGUUGCUGCAGCAGAAGCCAGAGGUGCUGUCCUCCAGCCGGGAGGCCCUGGUCGUGACGGAGCGCCGCUACCUCCGCAGAGACUGGUGCAAGACCCAGCCUCUCCGUCAGACCAUCAGCGAGGAGGGCUGCCGCAGCCGCACCGUCGUCAACCGCUUCUGCUACGGCCAGUGCAACUCCUUCUACAUCCCGCGCCACAUGGGCCCCAGCUCGGGCCAGGGACAGAGUCGAGGCCAGGCUUCGGGCUCCGGGAGGAAAAGCCACAACAAAAUCCAGGAGCCUUUUCAGUCCUGCUCCUUCUGCAGGCCUCACCGCAUCACGCAGCUCACAGUGCAGCUGGACUGCCCGGACCUGCAGCCCCCGUUCAGACACCGGAAGGUGCAGAGGGUCAAACAGUGCCGCUGCAUGUCUGUGGAUGUGAGCGGCCACGGGAAGCUGUGAAGCAGGACUCACAGAUCAGUAGGAUUUGAACGGGCAGGUGUGUGCAGACUUUCACAGAAUUUGCCAAACAGUGAUUACCAGGUGGAACAAACUGCACCGUGUUGUACAAACGGCGGCGCGUCCCUCCACGCAGUGACAUGAAACUCAAGAACUCAACACAGAUAUAAUUAGAGACCGUCAGCCAUGCUGCCAUGUUCAGUUGAAAGAGACAGACUUUAAAUAUGCAAGAGACACUGAUAAUGAAGCUGCCAGUAUUCGACAGUCAUCUUCUUUUUUGUUUUUCUUCCUGGUUAGAAGAUGCCUUCAGCACUUACUUUACAAGCCGAACAUUUGGAACGAUCAUGCCGAUAAUUCGACAAUUUGAGGAAACUUGACUGUUUAAAUGGCUCAACCACUUCAAAGUCUUUUCAUUAAUUAUGAACUUUCCCAGUUUGAUGUUCUUCAAGCAUUAUAUCCUGUAUAUCUUCUGGUGGCCACGUGCAUGGACACACACCCAACUGUAUACUGUCUGUCUGCCAAGUGUACCAGUCAGAAGGAAAGCACACUGCAGCAUAUGUAAUGGAGGUGCAAUGCAUUAUAUACAGUAUAUAUAUAAAUAUAUAUUUUAUUGUGUGUAAGAAUGUGUAUGUUGAAAUUAUAUUAAAUCUAUUUCAUAUAAAAGAAAAAAAAAAAGGUGUUUAGAGUGCAUGUAGUUCUGUGCUAUUUAAUGCGCUAAAAAAAAAAACCUCAAGAGGAGCUGAUUUAAAAACUAAGGUAAUUUAUUUUAUUCAAUAAAUAUAUUUCCAUGCUUGGAGAUACUUAAAACAUGUCGUCUAUAUUGCACAUGAAAAAUCACAUCACAUGGUCUCAUCGCUCCUUUAGUGUUUUGGAGUCUGAACCGGCAGGAAAGGCAAAACUAACUGCAUAGGGCUUCUUGUAACAAAGCAUGUCGACCAUCCAGAUGGACAAAAUAACAGUAGGAGUGUAUCAAAUCAAACC